AUGGUUGAAGUAAAGGACUUGAGUAGCAAAGACAACUCACGCGUGAAAAACUGCUGCAUCAAUAGCAAUCUUCACAGGUUAGCUGUCAUUAAAGCAGAGGAGGAUAUACGUUUUGAGAUUCUAAGGAGUGAUGGAAGUAGUAUAGCCACGAACAAACCUCGUCAUAGUGCUAUAAAUUGUAGCAGAGAGAAGUUCAAUUACUCCGCCAAUCAAGUUAAGCAUCUUGUUUCUCUUUUCUUUCGUGGAGGGCUUCACUUUGAUGUUAACCCGUCGUAUUGGAAGAGUUUUGAACUGCUUAAGAGACUUGACUUCGAAGGUUUUGGCUUAAAAGCAUUAUCAGAAAUGGUUGGAAAAUUGGUUUGCUUACAAUACUUGGGGUUGAGAAACAAUUUCCUUCAAGAGCUCCCGCAAUCGUUGUGCUCCCUAGAAAGGCUCGAGGUUCUCGAUAUAGCACAGAACUUCAUGGUGAAACUGUCAGAUAUUAUAAGGAAAAUGGGCAGCCUUCGUCACCUCUACAUGUCUGAUAUAAUCUGUUGGGAGCCUUUGACGAUAGAUUCAUUGAUGAAUCUUCAGACGUUGACCUACAUCUCGGUUGAUAGUUGGAUAUAUGAGCUCUCCGGCCUGGAAAUGAUGAGUAGUCUUCGCAAAUUGGGCAUGGAAGAAUUUGACGGAGCCUCAGAUGUAAGCAAGACUUUUGCUUCGUUGGUUAAGUUGGAGAAUCUUGAAUGCCUUAUCUUAAGAGGGUCUCGUUUUAGAAGCAUGCCUUCAUUGGAUGAGCUUGGUGUUCUAAACCGUCUAACUCAACUUAAACUAGAUGGAGUCCUCCCCAGGUUAACAAGUCCCAACUGUUUUCCUCCGAUGAUUCGUUACUUGACAUUGGCUAAUAGCUCUCUUGAUGAAGACCCCAUGCCGGUACUAGAGAAUCUAUCCGAGCUAGGCUUUGUCAAACUGAGGAAUGCUUUCACCGGUGAACAAAUGGUGGUGUCAAAACUUGGGUUUGCAAAGCUUAGAGUUCUAUGUAUUGGGGAGUUGUGGAGUUUGAAGAGUUUACAAGUUGGAGAAGGUGCAAUACCGAAGCUGGAGCGGGUAGAGAUACAAAAUUGCCCUCGUCUAAAGGUCCUCCCUCAAGAGGUCAUGUUUACCAAAUGCAUUGCAAGAAAGAAAUAA